GUUUCUCUGCGGCUAGACAUAUGACCGGAGAAAUGUCUGGCAUGCUGUGAGCACUUAGGAUGAGCCUGAGGAGAUAUUCCAAGAAACACGAGGAUCUGCCAUUAGUUCUUCCCCUCUCGCAACGAGAUCCAACUGUCAUUCUCCACAAGCAAUGAUGAAUUCUGGGGUGGUUGCUGGUGGGCAGGCACAUGUGCGACUUGCCCACAUUCAAAGUCUUGAAUGUCUGAAAAUAACAUGGAACAAUUGAACAUUGAUCUCUUCCCAAGGAAUCAUUCUGAGAUGUAUUCCUUGAAGGACUACAAUCCAGAAUGUCCAUCGUUUCUUCUCCUUCCUAGCCAUGUUCUGUGCUUUGGGAUAUUUUAGGUUAGCAGAUUAAGAGAUUUUGGCUCAUGGCUCCGGCGUUCGUCUGCAUGACCCUCCUCAUUCCUAGCUAUGUCACUCAGCAGACUGCUUUACUAUCUUGCAAGUCUGAUGCCCCCAUACUGCUGCUUAAUGGGCAAAUAGCUGGCCAGCUUGUAUCAAUCCAUAUUGAUUCGAACAUACUGAAUAUUCCAGACAAUUUAAGGUGCCUAAUGUGCGGGGGUUGAAAGGAGUUUUGGGGCAGAGAGAUGCGAUCGGAAUGUGCGUUCCAUGGAGCCCACAAUCUUAUUGAUGGUAGAGAGCAUAAUCAGAUUUAAAAGAAGAAGUAGUCGACCAAGAAGAUAAUCUAGCUCUUCAGUCACGAAUUAUGUUGACAUUGUGGUGACGUAGAUCCCGUGAGAGGUGAUGCACUUCAUCCAUUUUCGACAUAAGUCCGAACAUUCAGACACGAAAUAAGAUCUAACCACAAUUGUACAGGGUUUGUUUACAACACUUGUUGUUGAG